AUGCAUGCACUCAAGGCUCUCCUCGACGAGGUCAGCGAACAUGCGGCCGCAGUGGUGAGCGAGCACUUUCAUGCGGCAACAGCGUCAGUACCUCUCGGCCGGGUCCUGGCGAGCUACCUGGCCCGAGCCGUGGUGGAGACCCGCGAGGCGGCAACAGACCCGCUAGUCGGCCCCACUCUCCGGCUACCCUCACAAGCGUCACUCUAUGAGACAGUUAACAGGGCAGGACCGGGCCUCGACUCGCUCGCCCUGCUCCCGGUGGUGGCUCACGGCAUGCCGGCUCAGCUCGUCGCGCCACAGCUCGCAUCGCGCCUCGUCACCAUGGUUCAUGCCGCCACAGGCGGUGCGGCUGCCCCGACUGUGGAUGGAAGUAUGGUAGCGCAUCCGCCGCGCUCAUCACCGGCUGACGGCCGCAUUGUCUAUGCCAUCGCAGGUGGUGUGGCCAAGUUUCAGGCUGUCUCGGCUCGCUCCUCUGGCCGAAAGCGCAUCAAGGUCGUCGGCUUUGAUGGCCUCCACCCCAUGCAUCGUCGUAAGGGCAAGGGUCGUGCAGCCCGCUCUCGCGAGGCGAGCUCCCGCGCCUCGGGCUCCAACUCGGACUGUGCAAAGUCUGGUCGCGGCCAGACACCAUCACGCUCGCGGCCAGCGUCCUCCAACGGGAGCGCGGACUCCGACUCGCCAUCCGGCUCGCAGAGCUCGGGAAAGAGUGAUGCCACUGCAAGAGAGGCAUCCCACCUCAACGUGAGCGGGAGCGAGACCGCCCGGAUGCGCCGCUCACGAUCGCGGCGAGCCACCGUCUCGGAUGCACCACCCUCGCUGCGAUCAGUCAAGUCGGUGUUUUCGGCCGCUGCCGCUGCCGCUGCCGCUGCUGCCCGCCACCGCAAGCGGCCUGCAGGUGACGACUCGGUGGCGGGCCUGGCCGGCACCGAUGCCGCUCGCGGCAACGAGCCGGGUGCCGGUCAUCGCGUGGCUGGCGACUGUACUGACCGCCAGGAGGCUUCGGACGGCUCCGGCUCGUCGUCGGCUGCCAAGAAGCGGGCUCGCCGCCGCCCACGCCGUGGGCGUCGCUCACCGCGCCGCCGCCGCCGUGGGUCAGCGUCGCACGGCGCUGACUCGUCGUCGCCAGCCACCCUAUCUGCGUCAUCAUCGUCGUCGUGGUCGACUUCGUCGCUCGACGAGCUCGAGUCAACGCUCACUCUCCUCCGCUCGGGCACUGAUCUUGGCGAAAUACUGGGAGAUGGCGCUAACCAUGAUAGCGCUUCGGGGGACAAGACCGGCCGCCGACGGACAUAUGUGCUCUGCUUUGUCGUCGCCACUGCGCGGGAUGUCUCGCGCUCUGCAAGUCGCUGCGUGCCGCACACCCUGCUUACUUCGCCAUCGCUCGGCAGCCUACGCAACGCGCUUGUCGAUGCCCUCGUUGCCACCCGCCUCCGUGCUGGCAUCUCCGGCAAGGUCCACGCUGCGUUUUGCGAUGCGCUUGAGGCCUCACUCCGCAACCCCAAGCAGGAGCUUACCGUCCCGCAGGGCUUCCUCUCCUACGAGGUCAUUGUCCGAGCGUAUGGACCCGACGCGACGCCAGCACAGCUAUUCCGUGACGCAUUGCAAGCAGCCGAGCCAAUGGUCAUGCGGGCCGAGCCAUCGCGAUUCGACGCUCACAUCGCCGUCGGUGUCUACGGCACCGCUGCCAGUAUGCUCGGUGUUGCGGUGGCGGUUGUGUGGCGGGCGCAGGCGCAAGCAGCGGCAGUGGCCAAGGCCCGGCUGGGUGGCUUGCUCGAUCACAACGAUAACCUCGACCCAUUGCGUCUCGAGCAUGUGCUCCAGGUCCGAGUCUCAGAAUACCGCUCACUCGCGGCAUCGCGCCAGGUCUGGUCAUCAACGCUGGCGUCGUCGGUCCGUGACGCGUACGCCGACCUGUUCCACGGGCCUGGCGGAGCUGACAGAGCCGCCGUUGACGUGGCAAGCAAUCCUGCACGAAGCGUCAAUCUGGUGCCGCCGCGCGGGCUCUCGUGGGUCCGCCAUAUUAUCUGUUCGUUUGCCGGCUGGCCGCUCUCGGCACUUGCCGCCUUUGUUGCCUCGCAUCCGUUUUGGGACACGGAUCUGGGCCCUGCUCCGGUUGUGCGACGUGCUCUGGUUGUUUUUCCGGCUGUGCUCGACGGCCAUCGUGUGGCGCGCGAAAACACGUCCCAGAGCAGCCGCGAGCAGAGCGCAGAGCUCUCGGUGGUGAUGGCUGUCGCCUGGCGAGCGGCCGACGCCGCAGGCAUGCGCACCGUCCUCCCUGUAGGUGAGGAUGAGCGUGAGGUUGUCUUUGCGCCUGAUGCCGCCACAGGCACGGCGCUGAAGCAGCUUGAGCAGCGGGCUCGGACGCCCGGCUCGCACCCAGCACCACGGGCCUCGACCGCGGCUGCCACUGCAUUCGGCGUCGAUGCCGCCGCGCUUUCGUCGUUCUCGCAGCACCUGCUCGCGCCUGUCCUUGUCCGGCCCGGAGUGUAUCUGGGGUCGGAGAUUGCGGCGGCAUCGCGCGGGGUGCUCGACGUGCUUGGCGUGAGCCACGUCGUGUGGGACGUGCCGCGCGAGCGAGCGUCUGGCACGUCACGCCCGCUCCACGAGCUCAGCUUUGCCGCCCAUAAUCUGGCGCUGGCGACCAAGAUUGCUCUCACCGCAGCCUUUGUCCGUCGCGCCACGGCCAGUUCGCCGAAUGCGCGUGUUCUCGUGGCCGGCGUCACCGGUCUCGAGUCGGCAGCCGCGCUCUGUGCCGGCCUGCUCCUCGAGCUGGACAAGGUCGACCCAAAGAGUGCGCUCGCCACGAUACAGCAGAUCCAGCCGGGAAUGGAGCUCUCGCGGGAGCUUGUCCACGAGCUGCUCACUUACAACCGGAGCAAGUAA